CUUCCCACCUUCCAUUUUCGCUCCCCGUGACGACCGACGCGAUGAUCAGCGGGCUCUUCUUGAUCUCCCAGAAGGGAGAAGUGGUGCUGAACCGCCUGUACAGAGACGACGUCAGUCGACGCGCUGCGGAUGCGUUCCGGCUCCAAGUGAUUGCAGCCAAAGAAACGGGAUCUUUGCCCCCUAUCAAGAGCAUUGACGGAUGCUCGUUCCUGUACACGCGCCAUGAAAACCUCUACCUUGUCGCCGUCUCCCGCGCGAACAUCAACACGGCACUGGUGUUUCAAUUCCUUACCAACAUCAACGGCAUCUUCCAAGACUACAUGGGAAAGAAGUACAACGAGGAGAGCAUUCGAAACAACUUCACACUGGUGUACGAGCUCCUCGACGAAACGAUGGAUUACGGUUACCCGCAAAACUGCUCGUCGGAAGUGCUCAAGAUGUAUAUCAAUCUGGGUUCCUUGUCGGCGGAAGCUGCUGCAUCGACGGCGCAACCCGGUCAACUGACGUCGCAAAUCACCGGUGCGAUCGACUGGCGCCGAGAAGGAAUCAAGUACAAGCGCAACGAAGUGUACUUGGACGUAUUCGAGAGCGUCAACUUGCUCAUGUCUGCCAACGGAGCGGUGCUUCGAAACGAAGUGGUCGGCCAAGUCGUAAUGAAGACGCUACUCACGGGCAUGCCAGAAUGCAAGCUCGGGUUAAACGACAAGCUGACAAUGCUCAAGGGUGAAGGCGCCGCGAAAGCGCCAGGCCAGAAGCGAACGCAAAAGGAAGUCGAGAUCGACGACUGCACGUUCCAUCGCUGUGUCCGCCUCGGCAAGUUUGAUGCGGACCGCACGAUUACUUUCAUCCCGCCCGAUGGAGAAUUCGAAUUGAUGAAAUACCGUGUCACGGAAAACAUCAACUUGCCAUUUAAGAUCAUGCCAGCGUAUCAGGAAGGCAGCUCCACGCGCAUGGCCGUGUCGCUCAAGAUUGCGGCGACGUUCAGCGCUCGAUUGUUUGCCACGAACCUCGUGAUCAAGAUACCUGUGCCCCAGAACACGGCACGUUGCAAGAUCAUUGUCCCCAUCGGAACGGCGAAACACGCGCCGGAGCACCACGCGAUCGUGUGGAAAAUUCGAAAGUUCCAAGGGACCCUCGAACGCAUGCUCGACGCCGAGAUUGAGAUGCUCAAGGGCACGAAGGAAAAGGUGUGGUCACGUCCGCCCAUCCAGGUGGAAUUCCAAGUCCCCAUGUUCACGUCGUCGGGACUCCACGUCCGAUUCCUCAAAGUGUUCGAGAAGAGCUCAUACCAAACGACCAAGUGGGUGCGCUACGUGUCGCGCGCAGGCCAAUACCAAUUGCGCAUCUAGUUGCAUCACCAUCGUUGAAUAUAUGCCUCGUUUCAGGGUGACGA